AAAUGAUAUAUUGUUUAAUUUCAACGCGUACAUAAAUUAUUAAAUAAGUUUUUCUCAUUUCGGACUUAUGAGUUAGUUCUGAUGUAAGCAUUAGUUCGCCAACAGGCGAUGUAGCUAAAGUGCAAAUGUAGCUAAAUGAGUCUUUGUAACAUAAUAUGUUCAUAUGUUACAAAACUUGACCCACUUCAGUACAAACGUCAUGACAAGACGGUAUCUACGAUCGUUAAACUCCUCCGCUAACUCUGGCUGUAAUAUCCGAAGUACUAAUACAAACAAGCAUCUGCAGUGCGAGACAAUGGCUUGACCUUAAUGUACGCGUGAUAUCACAAUUGUUAUCAGUUUGCGAUUAGAUACCGUCGCGAGCGCACCGCACGCCACCUCGCCGCCCGACUCGCGCGCCGCGAGCCGGACACCUGCAGUCAUAGUGUCAGUGGUCACGACGGUAACAUGAGGAGCAAGGAUCGGCUGGAGGAGUUGAGGCAUCUGGCGAGCAAUGCGGGCGUAUACAACGAAACGGUCAUGGAGGUCCCGCCGGAGGAAUCGAACGUCGACGUCGACGACCUCUUCAAAGAGGUGGAGAGCAUCCGCGGGUGGAUCCACGAGAUGAACCACAACACCCAACUCAUUCGCCGCCUACACUCCGACCCAACUUACCACACGAACAAGCACUUGCAGGACCAACUGGACUCGGUGGUGUCGCAGUCAAAUGCAAUAGGAUUGAAGGUGUGUGGAGCGCUGCGCCAGCUGGAGGCGCGUGCGCGCGCCGCCGCCUCGGCGCGAGGCGCGGCGGCGCGCAUCACGCGCCUGCAGUACGCCGCCACCCGCCGCCUGUACGCAGAGGCUCUCGACCGCCACCAACUCGCACUGCAGCUGCUGCGCGACUACCAGUAUCGUUUGCUUCAGGAUCAAAUUAAGCUCACGAAUCUCACAAUAUCCGAUGAAGAGUGUGAACAUCUUUUAGAAUCGAAUAAUAUAUCGCUCUUUGUGGACAACUUACGCGCGGAGACGGCAGAGGCGCGACUGGCUCUGCGAGAGGCGGAGGUGCGGCGUGAUGAACUCGUUCGUGUCGAGGCCUCGUUGCAAUCUGUGCGGGACCUUUUCGUGCAGCUCGCGCACCUCGUCGCUGUGCAACAAGAACAAAUCGAUAGUGUCGAAUACUACGCGCUGCAAGCAACCGAGCACGUGGAGAGCGGCGGACAUCAGCUACUUAAGGGUACAGUCAGUCGCAGGAAGGCGAAGAAGAAAAAAAUGGGACUUAUUAUUUGUCUCGCAUCUGGGUUCCUCAUAGUGCUGCUGGUGCUGGUGUGCACGUGACGGACAGCAGGACGAGUUAAGCGUGAGACUACAGUGCAUGCGUACCGCUGGGAGCUGUGCGAGAGAACGAAGCACUUAAUUAAUUAUUUAUUUAUUGUACAACCUAGUCAUGUUACUAAUAAAUUACUCUAAGAAUG